CCUAACUCAGUAAACGGUGGCUACUCUUGGCUACACCAACCUCAGGUGUAUUUAUUUUAAACCUGGUUUACCGACUUAACCGACAAAAAGGAGUACUUAUUCCCGCUUUUCUCAUAUGAGGAGUGCCUUGGAAAGCUGUGAACCCUGGACGAGAAUUUAUUAGAAGAUUGCACUUUACACACAUGGUGGCUAACAUGUGGAGACUGGCAUUUCUUAGAGGCCUUGUCAAAGCAUGCCAUGUUGAAGUUUGGAGCAGAUCUUAAGUUUCGGUGAUCUAUCAUCACAACACAUCAUCCAGUGACUGGAAUACUACUGAGAGCAAGCAAGGAGAUGUCCUUCAUGCAUUUCAUAGCUCCUGAGUGUUAAUAAUGGUAGCAAAACCUUCAAGGAGUGGUAUUAAGAUGGCAACGGUGACACCAGUCUGCUCUCUUUUCCUCUUCAACAUCAUCUUCCAUCUGGCUGCAUCAGCACAAAGUAUGGAGGAUGACGUCAUGCCACGGAUACGUUUUAAAUUCAAUGCAAAGGACAGAUCAGUAAAAAGGUUUUCAGCUGAUGGUGUUCUCAAUUAUACCACUUUACUGCUGAGCCCAGAAGAUAACACACUGUAUGUAGGUGCAAGAGAGACUCUGUUUGCACUUAACCUCAGCGAUAUCAGCAAGCCAGAACUGCAACGUAAUUUCACAUGGAGGACGCUGGAAAGUAAGCGAGAAGAGUGCAGCUUUAAGGGCAAAACCUUACAUACCGACUGUUUCAACUACAUUAAGAUUUUGCUCCGUGUUAAUGCUACUCAUCUGUAUGUGUGUGGGACAUAUGCCUUCAGCCCUACUUGUGCAUACAUUGAAACAGCAGAUUUUUCUCUGGUGCGCAGCGGGACGGGGGAGAUUGUGACAGAGGAUGGGCGAAAUCGUUGCCCUUUUAAUCCUGAAUAUAAGUCUACUGCCAUUAUAGCCGAUGGGGAUCUGUAUGCUGGCACUGUCAGUAACUUUCAAGGAAAUGAACCUGUCAUUUACAAGAGCCUCGGCCAGGGCUCUGCCUUAAAGACUGAAAACUCACUGAACUGGCUUCAAGACCCAGCUUUUGUAGGCUCUGCAUUCAUCCAGGAGAGCCUUCCCAAAGGCAAUGUGGUGGGUGACGAUGAUAAGAUCUACUUCUUCUUUAGCGAGGCAGGGAAAGAAUUUGAUUUCUUCGACAGCACCAUUGUGUCACGUAUAGCUCGCGUGUGUAAGGGUGAUAAGGGAGGAGAGAGAGUCCUGCAGAAGAAGUGGACCACUUUUCUAAAAGCCCAGCUGCUGUGCUCCCUGCCCGAUGACGGCUUUCCGUUUAACAUCAUUGAAGACAUGUUUGUUCUGACCCCAAGUAAAGAGAACUGGAAGAGUACUUUGUUCUACGGAGUCUUCACUUCUCAAUGGUACAAAGGGGCAUCAGGCAGCUCAGCCGUGUGUGCCUUUACUAUGGAUCAGGUGGAGGAGGCCUUUAACGGUCGCUUUAAGGAGGUUAACAGGGAAACACAACAGUGGUACACCUAUAACCACCCAAUCCCGGAGCCUAGGCCUGGAGCGUGCAUAACUAAUGCAGCUCAGUCUCAGGGCAUCCAGUCCUCACUGCACAUGCCAGACAAGGUGCUGAACUUUGUCAAGGAUCACUUCCUGAUGGACAGCGUCAUUCGCAGCCAGCCACUGCUGCUCAAACGCAAUGUGCAUUACACGCAAAUUGCUGUGCACCAUGUCCAGGCCGUGCACAAAGAAUACAAUGUGCUUUUUGUUGGAACAGAUGAUGGUAGACUUCACAAAGCUUUAAACACCAAUGGCAAGAUGCACAUAAUUGAGGAGCUGGUGCUCUUUCCUGAAUCACAACCUGUGCAACACCUCAAGCUGGAUGCUGAAAAGGGUGUGUUAUUUGUGUCAUCUCACUUCGGACUGGUGGAGAUCCCUGUUGCUAACUGCUCUACUUACCAGAGCUGUGGGGAUUGUAUUCUCUCCAGAGACCCAUAUUGUGGUUGGACAGGAAAGACAUGCAUAGAUGUCAGAAGAGCCACAUCAAAAAGUGAAUUGCUGCAAGAUGUGGAGGAUGCCAAUACAACAGUAUGUGAUGAAGCCCAGAGCAGCCCUCGCCCUGCUGCACAUUCCUCAUCCAUAUGUCAGGAGAUCAUAAUCCCAGCAAACACAUUUGAAGUGUUGCCAUGUCAGCUGCGCUCCAACCUGGCUGAAAGGCGAUGGAAGUACAACAAAAGUGCAAGACAUUUUCUCUACCUGAGACCUGACGGAGCUCUGGUUGUAGUGGCCCAAUCCUACAUGGAGGAGUACUACGAAUGCUGGUCAGUAGAGAAGGGCUUCUGGCAGCUCCUAGCCAAUUACUGUGUGAAGGCAGAGCCACAUGAGGAGAGCACCACCCUACUUAGCCGCUCUCGCACUCAACUGGUGCCCAAAGAAGAGCCGAUAAUACUUCCGGGUGAGGCUCGAGCGCCGUUCAUAGAGACCAAAACCUACUGGAAUGAGUUGAUUGUGGUGUGCACUCUUCUGGUGUUUUUCUUGUUUGUCCUGUUUUUGUUCGUGAUUUAUCGGAACCGGGACCACAUGAAAUUCAUGUUAAAGGAGAGUGAGUGUCCCAACAUGCCGCAGAAGAAGGCACGUAUGGCAGGAAAGCCCACUGAAAGUCUGCCACUAAAUGGCAACAGCAUUCCAACAUCAACAUCAGACCACAAAGGCUAUCAAACACUACACGACAACUACUUCUGCGGUACGCCUACCCAGGAGUGCUCCUCACCUGAGAACAGCAAGAGCUUCUCAGAAUCAGAACACCGCCCAUUGCACUUGAAGGAGAGCCAUGUAGAGAUCUCACCCACCUGUCCACGUCCUCGGGUACGCCUUGGCUCAGAGAUCAAGGACUCAAUUGUUUAAAACUCAUAAAAGGUCAAACUUAUGUGAUAUGAUGUGCAGCUGGGGAAUAGAGAAAAACAUGAGAGGAACAGAUUUAAAUGAAACAUGUAACUGUUGGCUAUUUCAAAAUAUCUUGAAAAAUGGAUUACUUUCUUUGCACUCUGUCCCCAGUUUGUCUCGUGGUCUGUCCACAUAUUCCUCUUAAGUUACUGGUGGUAGAGAUCUAACUGCAUAAUCAGCAGAGAGGAAAAAACAUAGGCUUAUAGAGCUGAGCAUAGCUCUAGAUGUAUCCGGGAUGAGGGAUGGCCUAUGAAAUCAGCCACGUUUCUGCCAAUUCCAUCCAAACCAUUUUUGGCCUGUCCUCAGGGAUCUUGACACCCACCCAUUAACAUCAUUGGUUAUGCCACUUUUCCUUUAACCAUAAUACAGUUUAUAGCUUAAUGGCAAAUAAAACCAGAAUGACAAGUCAAGGUGUGAACCAGAAAGAAGUAAAGAGCCCUGCCUAGCAGAGUGUCAGAGGAAAAACUUAUGUUUAAUAGUCUACUAAACCAGCAUAUAUAGUGUAACUGGUGCAAUGUGUGCUAGCUUUGAUAAAAAAUCAUGAUAUAUAUGCAAGUUCUGUAGUUGUAAAUCAUCAUGACCUCAGUACAAGGCAAUCGUACUAUGCAAAACACUGGGAUUUUAGCAGGAAAAAGAAUUCUUAAAAUGCACAUUGUUUUUGUUCAGUAUUGCUUUUCAGAGAUACAAACAAGUAUGAGCAUGAGGUUCAUAAAGUAUUGCAAAUGUGAGAUGAUGCAAAGUGUGAGCUCCAAAUAAUAACAUAGCUUAAUAAGACAAAUGAGAGAAACAUUCUGAGAUAUGAAGACAGAAAAAUAAUGUAGCAGUUGGAAUACCUUAUAAUCAGUACUUAUUAGGGGAAAUGGCAUGCUGAUAUUAGGCCAUCUUCACACAUACUACCUCAGUAUAAUGAUAUGGGUUAAGCAACGUGGGGCAAUUUGCUAUUAACCAGUUAACUGGUAAUAAAAGCUAAAAUUAACUAUUAUUAAAUAAAAAAAAGUAAUCUAUGU